AUGGACGCAGAAGACGAGACAGAGCGCGAAGAGCGCCUCCGCAACCUGUACGCGACACUAGCCACCGACCUCGGCUAUACAGGAGACAACCAGCUUCGCCGGUGGCUGGAAGCGGGAGCGGUAAAACUUGAACAAUUCUUUGCCUUCUUGGGGGAUUGGAUAUGCGAGUGCAUCGAGGGGCUGGGCCGUCGUUAUGGCCCUUUCUGGAGGCUUCGUUGGUCACUGUAUUAUCCCUGGUCCUCUCGCAACCGCAACCUGCGCGACUUGAAGCGCGCAAAGCAGCAACUAAAGCAAAUUUGCGGGAAAAAGGCGACACCAACACAGCGACGUGCCCAGCUCGCCCGAACGCCCUUCGUCAAGCUGAGGAGAGCCGUCAUCGGCAAAACCGCCAACCGUAGCCCAUUCUUCACGAAGCUCCCACCCGAAAUCCGAAGAAUGAUUCUUGCGGAGGCAUUCGGGAACCAGACCAUUCAUUUGGACUUGAGUCUUCGUUACCCAUUCUAUGAGAUGAAGGGUCAGCCAAGAAUCAUCCAGGGUAAACGCUAUCACUAUUGUGCCCACGCCAAGAUCCGGCCUUUGUCUUUCGAGAGAUAUAACGUGGACAGUGACAGGCUGGACGAAAAGACUACAUUUGACACCACCAAGAGGAAGAAAUGGAGAUGGCUCAGCUGCGUAUGCCACAGACAGCUACCAACGGCCAAACGCUUGGCAUUUGGUAGGAGACAUAACAUGAAUCAUUGGGGCUCAACUUUCAAGGAACCUCAUUUCGACCGUUGCCUGGCUGGGCGAGGUUAUUGCACUCUGUGGCCCGGUGAGUGGCCGAGUAAGUGUUUUGUGGGCGUUUACGGGUGGCUUCUAAGCUGCCGCCAAGCAAUCUUGUUCCAGUUGAACACCUUUUUUAUAUCAUCUCCUGUGCUUCUUCUGGGAAUCCAAGAUAUACUGGGCUACAACAUCAUCGGAAUGAUGACGUCUCUUGAUCUUGUGUUUGAUAAAGCUGUUUUGGACCUGAGUGAAACGUUCACUGGCCUGCCUCCUAAGUUUGGGAUCAAAUCAAUGCCUGAGAACGGGAAAUUCGUCUUCCCUUCCCUGCAGCAACUCAGAAUCUCCUUUGUUGAGACGAGACAGUUUACAGAUCCCUGGACUGGUGAAUAUUUACCCAUCGGGUUUGACUUUGAAAAUCGCGACGUCAUCACUAUGAAAACUCUCCCAGAACUUGAUAGUCUGCUUCAGAGGAUUGUACCCCCAAGCGCCGAAGUUACAGUUUCUUGCCCACACCCUCGUUGGUAUGUGGAGAUUGAAAACAAGCUCAUAUCUCAACAAGGGCGUGUGAAAACACAGUCUCAGCCGGCAGAGCUUGGGGGGGAGAAAUGUUGGAGAGAGAUUCCAAACAUCGAUUGUGAUACUCAAGGGAUUGCAAAUAGUUCAGUGGAGGCUUUACUCAGCGACACCUUAAUUGCUGGAUACUGGAUACAUUCACUAAGAAAUGAUCUCAGGCGACCUCACAUAGCUUAA